CAACAGCACAAAGAAAUUACUUUAGAUAAAGAUGCUGGUUUUGGUUGCAGUGGGAGAGUUGCAGAGACGCGAGAGAGAUGGAGAGGUUUUUCGGCAGCGCAUACCGAGGAGACACAGGGGUGCCACAUUCCGGGUCGGAACGAUUCACAAACAUAUGGAUUGGCUCGGCUGCUUUCUCUGUUCUCACCUUUUUUGAUCCCUACAUGUGGCAGCUCUCAAAUCAGUAUAACUGGCAUGAUAAGGCAAUGCUAUUUGAGCAGUACCACUGGAAGAAAGCACUGGAGAAAAGGGAGCCCUACAAGUUCAAAUGGAAUCAGUACAUGGACAAGGACCUGCGCGAGUCUUACUAUUUCAAUUGGCCCGUCUACUUUCCUUAGAUAUUCUCGUCUCCAAUGUCUUGUCUCUUUAUUAUGUUGGUAUAGAUUGUUAAUGGACAUACUCUUCAUAACAUGGAUGGAUGCUAUGGUUUUUCCUUUUCUUGUUAAUAGGUUUUAAUAAGAACGACACUGUUGGAUCCUCAAA